UAAACUAAGAGGAGGUGAGCUGUCGUCAGAUCGGACUACCUCUCGUCUGCUUCACAGAGCUGGGUCACACACGCUGACACAAGGGUAAAUCUGCUCUAGUCUAGUUUUGUGUACAUUCAUUUGGGUCUAAUUUUACACGUAGGAGAAAGUCAAGAUUGAUUUCAACCCCCAGGAGAAACUGAAGAUGUUUUACCAAGUCCUGUUGACGGCUCUGACGGUUCAAUGUCUACACGUGUCUUCACAGGAGCUCUGCUCGCUGCCAACCAAACCCUGCAAGUCGAGGGUUGAGACGAAAGACGAGGCUGGGAAUUUGGUGGACGACGUUUAUUACGCUGAGUGUAGGUGCCGGAACGGUGUCGUCUGCCCCGAGUUCAACGUCACACACAAGAUGGUAUCAGUAGACUUACCCGCCCGCAGGGGCACGAUGACCAUGAACUUGAUCUUUUGUGAAACCUCCCAGCCUGUCAGAUACUGCAACCAUCUGGAACUGGCUCUGUUGCUGUCCGGCAAUGUUGUGCCCACCCAUCUGGAACAGACUCGGACCUGUCGGUGCCCAGACAAUGACGUGUAUUACCCACUGCAGACCUCCUAUCAACAAUAUCGGCCCUUCGUUUGGCAUGUAUGCAAAUCACAUUUGGCUGUGUGUAGCAGACACCAGAGCUGUUCGCGCCAAUCAGCGAACCUCCAAGUAAACACUUGCAGAUGUCCCCAAGGAUAUACCUGUACAGCAAUUGGCGAUUCAACAGCUUGUACACAAGUCCCGGCGCCCCGUUAAGGAUGAUGUCUUGUUUGUGCGCCCAUAUCAACAAUACACACUCGUGUAGCUUCACCUCAACGGUCGACAGUAUUGGGACCUCUGGAUUUGUGGCAACUUUUUCAAGUUUCUUAUCGAUACAAAAACUUUUUAAAAUUUUAUUUUUAGUAUCAGUGCCAGAUGGCGGUGCCAGAUCAAUUUUUUCUUUUAGAAUUUUUUUUCCCGGGGAGCGGGGGCACUUAAAU